GUUAGAUGUUGACACUUGACACUAUUUUAUAAAUAUUUUUAUUUGUAAUUUAUAAAAAUGGUUUACAUACAUUUUCCAGCAAAUUUUACGGAAGAAGAAUUAAUGUUGCAAGCUAAAUACCAAAAACUUAAGAAAAAGAAAAAAGCAUUGCAAGCACUCAAGGCUCCUAAACCCGAACCAGAAAAGCCCAUAAUUCCAAAGAGACCAGCAGAAGCGAGAGAUGCUAGAGAGGUAGCCAAAAAAUUGAUAAAAUCUGGUGUUAUUCCAGCAAUAUCUAAACAACAAAAACAACCUGAACAUGGGUUUAAAAGGCCUAGAGGCUUGGAAAGAAAGUUGAUUUCUGACAAAACUGUUAGCGGAUACCAACCAUUUUCAGCUGUACAAAUGGACGAUGGCCCUGAUAACCCAGAAAAUAAACCCCCCAGGAUCAAAAACCUUUAUGACACUUUCGCAAAUGCUAGAGAUAGAGAGGAAAGAGGACUCAAUGAAAAACAACAACAGCAACAGAAACCUGAUAAACCCAGGCAAGGGAAUACGAUUUAUGUAUCUGGGUAUUCAAUUACAGAGGAGUUUUUGAAGAAACAUUUCUCUACAAUUGGCAAGAUUAUUAACAUUUCUAUGGAAAUUGAAAAAAAUCGGGGAUUUAUUACUUUUGAGAAGGUGGAUGCUGCAGAAAGAGCUAUUUCUGAGAUGCAUGGAAGCAUGGUAUCAGGUAUUCCUCUGAAGGUGUCUUUAGCUAGAAGACAGCCACAAAUUGAACCUAUUAAUGAUGCUACAUCCUCAACUGCUUGGGCUACUUUGGCUUCAAGUCAUUCUCAAAAAGGCAACCAUAGAGAUAAGAGGAACUUGGUAAUUUAUGAUGACAUAUUUGAGUAAAUAAAACAUAGAUGUUUGUGUAAUAAGGUCAAAUGGGAAUUAUUUUCCAAUACUUUGGACUAUAUUGGCAAGCAAUUGUUGGCAAUGACUGUACCAUGAAUAUGAUGGAAAGUGUAAAUAUUUAUUUAGGACUAUAUUUUAGGUGAUUAUGAUAAAAUCACAUUUUUUUAAUAAAUGAACUAGAAUUUAAUUUUGAAG